CCGGACAGCAUGCGCCUGCACAACUUACCUGGAUUCCGCGCACCGCAGUCGGCACAAGUUCCGUUGCCUGGAACUGUCUUGAUGAGUUCCUGUAACGUACGCUCAUUACGCGCUUGCUGGCGCUUGUUCAGGGCCGACGCCAUCUUGUCUGGAAGGAGGAAGCGGUUCGGGCGGAGGUCGAAGAUCGGGGCGCGGCAGAACGUGCACGAGAGCAAUACGCGGGGGGAAAGGGGGCUUGAGAGACGGCAAGAGGGCGCGUAUGUAAGAUUACCCAAGAAAGAAUAAUUCCAUAGCAAAGCAAAACAUGAGCACAGAAAGGGGACUUGGUACGGCCCUUAGUUGACACACGCGAUGACGAGUAAUGCAUCCGUUCCACAUUCACACACAUGGCAACCCGCAGAAGCUCCAGAACCCUGCGUUUUUGGGCUAUAUACGGCACCAUGCCCCUGUCUGAGCUUCGAACAUUCCACCCGAAAGUCCAUCGUCGUCCUGCCAGCCUAUCGAGAUGGGACAGCUUACGACAGCGCAUGAGCAGCAGGCGCGCUCAGUGGCGCGACUCAGAGACGCUGCCGAUCUGGUUUUCGAAGGGCCGAAGCCAUCUUCUUUCGUUGCCGGUCGGUCGGCCAGCCGGUCGUAAGGCACAUAACGGCUGGGUGGUGUUGCAGUCGUCGUCGUCGGCGUCGUCGCUGCUUCACAGUCCGAGAAAACAACUCGUCUCACAAGUUCAGGUCCAAGCUAGCAAUGUUUUUCUUGGAACACAGCGAAAAAAGCUAGUAUGUAUGGUCACGCAGGUGGCUUCAAGCAACAUAGAAAUCGAAGCAAAAAGCCUAAAAGUGCCAGGUAUUACUCUAGUGACGCAAAUAUGACAACUAUAGAGAUGAUGAGCUCAGUAUAGCCGUUGAUUAAUCGUCCAUUUUUAUGAUUGUGUGUAAGGAAGAGAAAGCGUGCCCGAGCUGC